AUGUCCUUCAAAUCCAAAAAGCGUUCUAGCGAAUACCAAUCCGACGACGGCUUCGUCGUCGACGAUAACAACAGUCGCGGCGCAAAGAAAGCAAAAACCAAGGGAUCGUUAUUAGACGCAUCAUCAUCAACUCAAAAGACAGACUCAAAUGGCGACGUAUACUGGGAUCUUUCGAGUCAGCGCAGAGUCACCAUUUCCGAAUUCAGAGGGAAGAGUUUGGUCAGUAUUAGAGAGUAUUAUGAGAAGGAUGGGCAGUCACUUCCUGGGAAGAAGGGCAUAUCGCUCCCAAUUGACCAAUUUAAUGCGCUCAUCAGUCUUCUUCCCGAUAUCGAGCAGGUGCUCUCUGCAAAGGGUAUUUCGGUGCCUCGACCCGCAUAUAAUAGAGUGUCAGAGGAUAAAGAUGAGGAUGAAGAAGAACCUGAAAGCGGAAAGAAGAAUAUCGACACUACAAGUGAUGAAGAUGAAAAUGAUGAGUGA